UACGUCUCUGUAGCAGCAAUGGGUCGUGUUUGCUAACCAUGAUCUGCUUUUCCAGCAGAAUUUGAUCUUAUACUCUCUGUCUUACAUUAAAUUUAUAGAAAAUACUUAAAACGACAACUGAGACAACGGACGGUUUCCCAGGAAGACGUUUAAACUCCGGCAAGAAGCGAUAAGAACAUCUACAGCUUUGAUGCAGGAGGAGGUGUUGACUUGAUCAGUAAAAUGAAUCUGGGUUCUAAGGGAAAGAAGCGGUCGGUCCUCCCCAGCCGUCCUGACCCCCCCACUGUGGACCAGAUCCUGGAGGACAUCAGUCAGGCUCCGUCCAACGAUCCCAUCUUCAGCAUCCUGGAGAAGAUUGGCCAAGAUUCACCCCGAUCGUCUCCAGACAGCGACACCGAGCUGAAGUUCCAACAGUGUCGGCGGUUCGUGGAGUUGAACCAGCAGCUUCAGGAGGCUCAGAAGCGGCUGCUGCUUCAGAGGGCAGAGCUUCAGACGGCGGGAGAGCAGCUGGAACGGGAUGUGGCAGAGGUCAAAGGUCGAGCGCUCUGACUCUGCAGCACCUCUGACUGGGACGUUCCUCCUUUCCUCCGAGUGUUGUGAUCGGAGGCUCAGCUGACUUUAACACCUGACACUGACCUUUGACCUCAUCUGAUGAAUGGGACUAAAUGUAGAGACUCAGUGGGCUCUGAUGGUGCAUUCAGGUGCAGAAUGAAGUGUUCAUGUUUGUUUAAA